AUGGAGCACAAGGUUUCCAGCAGUCAUCUGGGUAUUGGAGCCCCCCACUCCGCCUUCUCCCUGGCUUCUGGCGACCAAUUGCCACAGAACGAGGUCAGAGAACGGAAGAGCCCGGAUGACCUUGCUCACAAUGAAAAAGUCGGGAUAAACCGCAAAAUGGAGCAGGAGAAUUACAAUGAGUACUGGACAAUAUUACUUUGGCAGCUUGGUUCCAUGCUGCUGGCAAUACAGGGUGAACUCCACCAUUACAUGAUGAACGUGCUGACACUGGCUACAUUUAUUUGGAAACUCCUCGGGCAGCUGCUUGUAUUCUUUGAACUGUGUGUUCAAGGUAGCACCUUAAACCAUUUCUCCACUCUCAUGAGAUGCCCUGAGGUUUGCAUUUGUACUGCUGAUCUCUUGAGUUGUGCCAAGAAGAAUCUUCAGCAAGUCCCUGUCACACUGCCUCCCACAGCCACCACCUUGGAUCUCAGCCACAACGCCAUUGUUCAGCUUGACGACCACUGGCUGACUGCCUUGCCACGCCUCCAAACCCUUCAGAUCAGCCACAACCAGAUCAGCAACAUCACCCGACAAGCGUUCUACAAUGCCAGUUCCCUUGUACACCUGGACAUUUCCUCCAACUGGCUGCACACUGUGGAAGAGUACUACUUUGAAGGCCUUGUGAACUUGAAAGAGCUCUUGCUGUACAAUAACAAAAUUGUACAAGUAGAUGAAAAUGCUUUUGUCCAGCUAACCAGUUUGCGAAAGGUCUAUCUAAGUUGGAACAGGCUAACUAAAUUUCCAUUUGAAUCCAUUCAAAGACUUGAAUAUCCUUAUCUGAGGACCCUGGAUCUUUCUGCCAACAACCUAAGCAGCAUUCCUGUUCAAGUAGUAUCAGCCUUGCCUGUGUACAUUCGGAAUGGCCUAUAUCUCCACAACAAUCCUGUGAGAUGUGACUGCUCUCUCCAUCUCAUGCUCCAGGACUGGAAGCAUCGAGGAUUCAGUUCCGUCCAGGAUUUCAAAGAAGAGCACAUUUGCAAAGCCUAUGCCAAUGUGCCUCUCUCCUUGAUCAACACUUUCAAGUACACCAAGUAUUUUGGAGAUUGUUCCUGGAGCCAAAACAAUCUAGGCAUUCAAAAGAUGCGCUGCCUAGUGGGAGAAUCCUUAAUAAUGGACUGCAACACAAGCCUCCAUGAUGACAGUACAACCACCUAUAGGUGGGUCUCUCCCCGCCAUGAAUUAUUCAGGUAUCCUGAGCAUAGUGAUAAGACACAUCAACCUUUCGAAAAUGGAAGCUUAAAGAUCACAAACACCAACCUUUCGCAUUCUGGUGUUUAUGUGUGCAUAGCGAUCAGCGCACUCCAAAAUAUCAGCCAGACACAUGAAGUCAAUGUCACAGUCCAGUACCCCAAAUUAGUUGAGCCUUUCAAUACUGCCCUCACAACCCUCUUAGGGUGUGUUGUAAGCUUGGUAUUAGUCCUUAUGUACUUGUACCUCACGCCAUGUCGCUGUUCCAAGUGCUGCAAGAAGCCUGCAAGUCCUCCCCAAGACUGCAGCGCCCAAUCGUCUAUCCUCAGUACCACCCCACCGGCCACAGAUGGGCCAAAUCGCAAGAGCAGCGCAAACAGGCAUGUUGUUUUCCUGGAGCCCAUCAAGGAGGCCCAGAAUGGCAAGGUCAAGCUGGCUGUCAGUGAGGACUUUCCUGACGCCAAAAAACCCAAGCUCCUGCAGCUUAAGCUGGACACCGAAUCCAUCAGUUCAGUCUUUUCUGACCCUCCCAUCAUAUCUUAUGAGGCACGAGUACAGUCGCCGGCAGAUGCAUAGCAAGCAAUCCCCAGGAAGAAUUGUGGGGGCUGGGGUGGGGUGGGGAUCUGGAAUAGGGUUAAAAUCCAUUUUCUUCAUGGGAGAGAAAGAAGAAACAAGAUACAUUUCCUCACCAAAACGUACAAAGGUGAUUAUUUUUUUAUUUUGCUCUCCCCUGGAUGGAAGAUUGUGGCUCACUCUUAUUUUCCAUCAUUUCCCCCAGAAGGGUGAUGUCUUCUCUUCCAAUAAUUCCAGUCCACAGGCCCCAGAAUCAACUUAUUAUGCACAAGAGAAGCAACAGCCUUUUAUCAAAGAAGAAACUGAGUGCUCUUUACAUAUCCCAAAUGACUGCAGCCUGCUUGGUAGAAGAGACAAUACAACGUCGUAGCAGAGAGUACCCUUAGGAAACCGCUAUGGAAUACAAGCUUGUGUUAUGGCUUUGAUCGUCAGAGAAUAAACAUUUGCUAUGUAACAAGCCUAUAUUUUCAUUUCAGGAGAAGGAAGAGUGCCCUGCCCUUGCUACUCAAGCGCAGUGGGUGGGUGGGUGGCUUUCUUACCUUUUAACUGCUUUAGCCAGCUACUGCUUCUAAUAGUGAUUUUGAAAAUAAAUUCCUCAGCCCAUUCUUCCCAACUUCCAGGCUGCAUGGUUAAAAAUGGAAGAUUAGGGAGGCCACAAACCCUGCUCCAGAUGACGGCCUCACACUCUUGGAUAUAUGCGGCCAGCCACGUAAGUGUCAGGAACUAUACGAGUUGAUCUUGUGCUUGAACCAACUUAACUGCUUUAUUCCACUGGAUGCACUGAACGUGUCCCUUAAAAGUUCCCUGGGCUUCUCUUUUAGUGAGCAACUUCUCUUGAUGUUGCAUUCCCAAAUGGCAG